CUAAUAUGACAUCGCAUGUCUGACAUCAUGGCGGUGAGGACGAGAUUCCUUUUGGCGCUGCUUCUGGCAACGAUUGCCACAAGUAUCGGCCACCGCCACGGCCACAAUUUUUCCACUGAGGAACCUGAACUCGUACAUUAUGAUAACUCUACACACCAUGGAAAGGAACGUGGUGGCUGGUCACAAUGGAGCGAGUGGUCGUUAUGUUCACGUACAUGCGACGGUGGCGUGUCACGACAACUUCGUACAUGUUCUGCGCCGGCUGGAUGCCGCGGGGAGCCUGUGCGGUACAAGAUUUGUAACAUGCAGCAGAGAGUGGGUUGCGAUCUCCGUGUAGGUUCAACGCGUCGAGUUGACGAGUGUGGCGUAUGCGGUGGCGACGGAUCCUCCUGCUCCAGACCGCGGUAUCACUGGAUUUCUACACCUGGUUCUUUGUGUUCAGCUACUUGUGGGGGAGGUUACAAGAUGUCACUAGCGGUCUGCAGAGACCGUCUGACGGGGUCCGAUGCCCCGGAGCAACUGUGCGACGCGUCCAGUAAACCCCAGUCUUCUGUAGUCCGGUGUAAUGUGCACCCGUGUCCUUUUAAGUGGUACGUCGGCGAAUGGUCAUCCUGCAGCGUCUCCUGCGGUGGUGGAAUCCGAACACGCCGCGUUCUUUGCGCCAGAUCAGCCAACGUCACCAGAGCGGACACAUACGAGGCUGGCUCCAGUUCGGAACCUGGUUGUAUCUCUCCGGCGCCGAGGUCUACACAAUCUUGCAAUAGCCAUGAUUGCCCUGCUUGGAUAGCUGGGCCGUGGUCUGGGUGUUCAGUAUCGUGUGGCGAAGGUAUCCAAGUGCGAGGUGUGGAAUGUUCCCCGGCCGGAGGAGGCUGCGACCCUGCGAACCGACCUGAAAUAUCUAGACCGUGUUCCACGGGAAUCAGCUGCCCUGCGUAUAGGGAGUCAGACGAACCUGAGGAUGACAUAGAAGAUCUACUUCCAGGAGUAGUCUACCACACACAACCACUAAUCCAGCCGUACCCCCCACCUCAGGCCAGAGCAGAACGUCUGGUGGGUGAACCAGACAUACCUGUGGAAGCUACCUACAUCAAAGACGAAGACUGGGGCCCAUGCAGUGUCACCUGUGGAGAAGGUUGGCGAAAGAAAGAAGUCCACUGCAAGAUCUUUUUAGAAUUUUCGAGAACAAUCGCGAAACUUCCAGAUAACAAAUGUAUGGGGCCGAAACCUGCUGAAGAAACGGAGAGAUGUGUAAUGGAACCUUGUUCGAUGGCUUAUGGAACUUCUUUUGGAGAUUCUAGUGUGCCAUCUUAUGGUGGUGGAGACAGCAGGUCAUUGGCCUUUGGUACGUCUAGCAACAUCCGUGUAGCUCCAGGCUCUCCUGGAAAAUCGUACUCCUGGAAAGAAAAAGGGUACACAAGUUGCAGCGCUUCAUGUCUUAGCGGUGUUCAGGAACUAAUAAUACAAUGCGUCAGAGAUGAAGAUGGCAAAAACGCGUCACCGUACAUGUGUGACCCUUUGACGAAACCAGAGAACAGAGUUAGAACCUGCAAUGAUCACCCGUGCCCUCCCAGAUGGAAUUAUACCGAAUUUUCACAGUGUACUAAGUCUUGUGGCAUUGGAAUACAGACCAGGGAAGUGACAUGUAUUCACGAGGUCACGCGAGGUGGUACUAAUACGGUGGUAGUACCAAACAGCAUGUGCCCCCAGCCACCGCCACCGGACCGCCAGUAUUGCAACGUGCUGGAUUGCCCCGUCAGAUGGCAUACUGGAGACUGGUCCAAAUGCUCUAAGACUUGUGGCGGUGGGGUUAAGACUAGAGAUGUGGAAUGUAAGCAAAUAAUGGCCCAGUCACACGUGGUGGAGCGUCCAGCGUCCCUUUGCAGCUCACCUCGACCAGCUGGCACGAAGUCUUGUAACUCCAGACCUUGUCUUCUGGAUACUUCGUCUCCUGAAAUAUCGUUAGCUAACUCAUCGUACAUCCAGCACGACCCUAAGAAAAAGAAGGUGACAGUGAAAGUGGGAGGUUCAGCAACAAUAUUCUACGGUACGCAAGUAAAAAUCAAGUGUCCAGUCAAAGGGUACAACAGGACAAAAAUCCAGUGGGCCAAGGACCAUCAGAUCAUCACCAAAUCGAAGAAGUACAAAAUUUCCAAAAAGGGAGCUCUUCGGAUCACGUCUCUUUCUCUCCGCGACCACGGCGUCUAUACGUGUGUGGCGGGUCGCUCCAGCGCCAACCUCACCUUGCUGGUCAAGCCGCGGCCCGGGGAGUUUCCCUCCAGUGAAGAGAUUGAACGACAUAAAGCCUUGGACGAGCCGUCUUCUCCACUUGCUGACAGCAGGGCGGACGGGCGAUACCGAGCUAUGAUAGGCGGAAGAUCAGAUGAUCAGUCUCAUGAACAAAGACCAGGUGACAGCAAGAAGACUUACAAGAAUCGGCAGAGGGGGAAAAAUCUAGACAAAGUUCGAGAUGCACUCUACAAUACCGCCACUACAAGCACCAAAGCAUCCCCUAGCUUCAACUCACAAGCUAGAGACGUUUACGACGAGAAUGAGGAGAGUGCUGUGCCCUCUCAGAUGCUGCCUCCGAAGAGGAGUAGUGCCUCUCGAGUACUCCCGUGCAUACAUUACAUUAUAAUGCAACUUCAGUCGUUCUGGAACUUUCAGACAAUCGGCAACUCGCGUGGUCAACGAAUGGCGGAUCCAGUCCUCUCCUAUCAAAACUAUGGCGGAGCAACAAGGACUAUAGUAGUAAAUCUUGAAGAUAAACAAAUUGUCUUCCCUGAGGACGACGAUUCCGAUAUUAUUAUAGUGAAUGAAGAUUACAGCCGUAACUCAAUUGAAGCCAGGGAGCCGGAGAGUUUGAGAGAUUUCGAAGAGACAACUGAGGGUAGUUCGGAAAGCAGAUUGAUCGAACUGGAAGACGCAAAAGAAUAUUCCUGGAUGACAACGGACUGGUCGCCUUGUACGGCGCUAUGUGGGCAGAUGGGGCACCAAAUCAGAGGAGCCGUGUGUCAG